CGCAUAUGCCUACUAUAAUCACACUAUCACAAUGUUUUAACUUCUUGGUAUCCUGUGUGGCUAAAUGUACUGGUACUCACUUGCAGCACGUGAUUGUUAGUCCUACUUAGACAUUCCUUUGAAGUGGAACUGGACACAAUAAAGUCAUCAAGACAGGCCUAUGCUAUUCUCUUGGACUUGACGUCGUUCUUGCAAUAUUGGAGUCCCCUUUUGCAUGUUUUGAUUCAUGUAGGACGAGCUAUUGUCAGCAUACAGUCAACAUCUAAGCAAUCAUGGACCCAGGUAAAUCCAACACCGGAAUCAAUAGCCCAUUGUCGACGACAAGAUCGUGGAGGAGUAGACUCGUCGUCGAGCCCCUUACUGUCACGUUCAUGCUGGCGUACGGCUUGCUGACUACGAUUCGUGUAGAAUACCUCAACAAACGGCUGUCAGAAGAGGCUAAUUUCACCCAACCAACAGGGAAUACCAGUGUAGUAUGCACGUUGAAUACAUCAUCUGAUGAAUAUGACCGUUACGUUCAGGUCCAAGCACAGACGUCGUACUGGACGCUCUAUCUCGCGGUUGCGCAGUCUGUUCCCGCGCUAUUUUCGGCCAACUUUCUCGGAGCUUUAAGUGACUCUAAAGGUCGCCGUAUUGCGAUGAUGUUCCCUAUCGUUGGGUUUGCGAUUUACUCCAUCAUCUAUGCAUUGGUAGCCCAAUAUCACUGGCCGUUGUCCGUGCUCUUCGCUGGGACAGUUCCGCUGGGACUGUGUGGCGAUUUCCUGACGCUGGUGGCGUGCUCCUUCGCGUACGUCGCGGACACGACGACAAGCAAGCAGCGGACAUACCGAAUGGUGAUCCUUGAAUGUCUGACCACCCUCGGGGCAGGGUCGGGGCAAGUGUUGGUCGGGUUUAUGAUCGAAGCCACUGGAUACCCACCGGUCUACUAUACCAUCCUCGGAAUAAUGGUCAUAUGCGCCCUCUACGUCUACCUCCUGCCCGAAAGCCUGCCGAGCGUCAGCGGAAAGGUGCCCGGAGAGCAUUCGGCGGAUGUCGUGCCGACUCCCCGAAGAGACUUCAACAUGGCGAAGUUUGUCCGAAGUCUAGUCGAUCUUUUCCGACCGGAUCCGAAAGGACGUUGCUGGAAGAUGAUUUCGUACAACUACAUUCUCUUUCAGUUUAUUCUCAUCAUCGUAUCUUUCCUGUCGACCAACGUCCUCUUUGCCGAAGGUCAGCCAUUCUGCUGGUCAUCGGCUCUUAUUGGUUUAUUUAACGGACUGACUUUCAUAUUUUCUGGAUUUGGUCUCGUCGUUGGCGGGUACGUGCUUCGGCUCUUUUUCUCAGACCAUUGCACCAUGCAGAUAUCCAUCCUCUCUUUCGUAUCAUGCCUCAUCAUGACGGCUUAUUCAAAGUCAAACAUUAUGCUCUUCUGCGGUAAGUGAUUUAUUCCUUAUAUUUUAAAAUCUUAUUUAUUCAUUCUUUUAUUUCGGGGAAGUGGUUUUCGGUACACCAUGUGUAAAGUCC